AUGAGAGAAGUUCCUGCUAGGCAUGGGAGAAAUUCCCAAGGGAGAAGAGAAGUUCCCGUGGACUUUCGUGUUAAUUCAACAAAUGAAAAUACAGCAGAAAAACUCGAAUAUCUUUCUGGGCAAGAUGAUGCUAAGUAUAUUCCCAAAGGGCAUUUUGAUGUUCCAUUAUUUCGUGCUUGGAUUGAAAGUAAAAAUUCUCUUCUACGACAACGAUUCUUUCAACAAUAUACUCGUGUUCGUCGUUUAUCACCAAUUGAUGCUGAAAUUCGUUUAGCCGAACGUGUUGAUGCUUUAUUUUGUCGUGCCAAUGAAGUUAGCAGUGGUCUUUGUCUUUUUCUAAAGGAAAUUCGCGAUGUUUAUGAUGGUGAUUGA